AUGGCUGAACUCAUCGGGCCAAUCCUUGAUGUUAUUAAGUUCAUCGGUCGUAAAGCUAGCAAAUAUCUAAAAUUCCAAAGGAAAUUCACGGAAUACGUUGAUGAUUUCAAUCAAGCACAAGAGGAUUUGCGUGCCAAGGAGGCAGAUUUUCGACAGCAGUUGAAAGACGAGCAUCACUUUGGGAAAAUGCCAAAGCAAGAAGUUGAAAGAUGGUUUGAGAAAGUAGAGCAAAAGCUUGGUCAUGCUCAACAUGUUGAAGAUAAAAUCAGUAAAGGAAAAUAUCUCUUCCGCUCAUGCUUUGGGAAGCUUGUUGAUGAGGCGACUCAGGCAAUGAAGGAAGUGCGUGCUGAAGGAAAUUUCUCCGGGGGCUUGGUUGUUAAUGAUCCUUCUACCAUAGCGGUUAAUCUACCUACACCGGAAGUAGUAGGUGCGAUCGAUGUUAGAGAAGAAAUUUAUCAGUACUUGAUGGGAGAUGCAGUUGGAUUGAUUGGUGUGUGGGGGAUGGGCGGAAUCGGGAAAACAACCAUUAUGAAGGAUGUCCAUAAUAGGUUGUUGAAAGAGAGUAAAUUUAGAAAAUUGAUUUGGGUAACUGUAUCUCAAGACUUCGAUAUUCGAAGGCUACAAAAUAACAUCGCUUCUCAAUUGGAGAGAAACUUGUCAGAUGAUGAAGAUACAAUCGUCCGUGCAGGGAAGUUAUCAGAAAUGUUGAAAGGACAAAUGAGGUAUGUGCUAAUAUUGGAUGAUGUAUGGAGAAGCCUUUCCCUUGAGGAUUUUGGAAUCCUUGAGCCUGCAACAAAUAAUGGAUGCAAAUUAGUGUUGACCACACGUUCAGAAAGGGUUGUUGAAUCAAUGGGACUUAAGAAAGUUAAAGUUCCUUGUUUUUCUAUGGAGGAAGCCAUGAACUUAUUCUUAAGCAAAGUUGGACAAGACAUGUUGCCCAAUCCAACUUUAGAAUCAUUAAUGAAACUUGCUGUGAGGGAAUGUGAUGGACUUCCUCUAGCAGUUGUCACACUGGCUGGUUGUAUGAGGGGAAAAUCCGAUCCUCGUAUGUGGGAAAAUGCUAUAGAUGAAUUACGAGGGUACAUCAGAAACAUCCACGAUAUGGAAGAUAGGGUGUAUGGAUGUUUAAAAUUCAGCUAUGAUCGUCUGCAACGAAUACACCAAGAUUGUCUUCUGUAUUGUGCAUUAUAUCCUGAAGAUCAUGAAAUCUAUAAAGAUGAGAUAACUGAAAAAUGGAUGGAAGAAGGGCUUAUAGAUGAAAUGGGAAGUAGAAAAGCAAUGGAGGGUAGCAGUCAUUCCAUUUUGCAAGAGCUUGAAGAAAAUUGUUUGCUAGAAAGGGUUCAGGAUAGGCCAUGUAUAAAAAUGCAUGAUCUUGUUAGAGAUAUGGCAUUGCAUAUCACAAGGAAAAGAUUUCUGGUAAAAGCUGGUAUGCAGUUGGAAGAGCUACCAAACGAGGAAGACUGGGGUGAAGAUUUGGAGAAGGUUUCUUUGAUGCACAAUUGCAUCUCAACAAUUCCUCAAAUGAUGAAGAGUCCGAAAUUUCCAAAACUCACAACGUUGCUGCUCUCGUGGAAUGCAUUGAAAGAAAUUCCAGAAUCUUUCUUUGAGCACUUUCCUAACCUUAAGAUUCUUGAUCUUUCUGAUACUCGUUUAGAGAGUUUGCCUAAUUCUAUUUCCUUUUUGGAGAAACUCACAGUACUGUUGCUUAGAGGAUGUUUGUGUUUAAAGAGGUUGCCUUGUCUAUCGAAACUUCAAGCUUUGAAGAAAUUGGAUCUUGGAAGCAGUGGAAUCCGGGAAAUCCCUCAAGGUUUGGAAAUGUUGGUAAAUCUUAGAUAUCUCAAUCUUAAAUAUACCUCUCAUCUAGCAUGGAUUCCUACUGGAACACUCUCAAAACUAUGCCGGCUUCAGUAUUUGGCAAUUCAUUUAAAAUUAAGCGCAAAAGAGUUGAGGGAAUUGAACAAGUUGGAGGUUUUUGAGGGCUGGUUCCAUAACGUGGGUGACUUGAACACGUUUGCAAGUAAGAGAAAAACGCUUUAUAAAUUCUCCAUUUUGGUAUGUUAUCAAAUGACCUCAUUUCGUCCCUCGACUUCUAGUAAUUUGGUUACAUUUGUACGGGUUACACUUGAUGUUGGAGAUGAAAUUAUACUUCCAUACGGUAUCGAGAAAUUAAGUCUAUUGGGAUGUGGGGGUGUGAGAAGUAUAAACGAUUUUGGAUUGAGGGAUGCAACUGACUUGAAAGUAUGUGAACUUCGUGUUUGUAGGGAGUUGGAAUCUGUAAUUUCAUCCCAGUGUGAGCAGCUUCAAACACUCGAGUCUCUGUAUCUAAGUGACUUGGAGAAUUUGAAAGUCAUAGUUGAAGUUGGAGCUGGUGAAUCAUCAGUCGGCAUAUUUUCCUCCCUUAGAAGGACCUGUCUAUCGCGUUGUGGUAAAAUUAAGAAAUUGUUUUCAGCUGAUUGGGUUCUAAGCAACCUGGAAGAGAUAGAUGUUGAUGAUUGUAGUGAAUUGGAAGAAAUAAUAACAGAAUCCGAGAAAAAAAGAUUGGGUUCCAAUAAGGAUACCAUCAAAUUCCCUUUCCCCAAACUGAGGUUUUUAUUAUUGAAUAGUCUAGUACAAUUGCAGCGCAUUUGUAGUGAAAAUGGAGUAAUGGUUUGUGAUUCUCUCCAACACAUUUCAAUAAGUGAUUGUCCAAAGCUAAAGCGGAUUCCUCUAUGUCUUCCACAGCUUGAGAUUGAUGAUGAAGGAAAACUAUCUCCUUCUAAUUCUCUCCAGAGAAUCCAAGUGCAUCCAAUAGAUUGGUGGGAAGCAGUGGAGUGGGAGCACCCUAAUUUCAAUAUUAAGAAAGUUGUUCGACCCUUGGUGAGGUUUCGGAAGGAUAUCAUUGAGGAAUGGAGGUCUGUUUAAAACCACAACCGUGUAAGUGAAUCUUUCAUCAUAGAUUUGCAGAUCUUUUUCUCUAAGUGUUUAUAUAACACACUAAUACUUGUCUUGGUCUAUUGUUUUGGUAGAUACAAUUGAAGAAGAAGACGAAGGUUGUGAUGUUCUUUGCUUUUCAAUUCUAGAGGUUUUAAUUUUUAAAAUUAGCUGCAACUCAAGAUUCUUGAUUAAAUAUUUACUUUUUCUGCUGCAAAAUUAUUGCUUCAUGACUUCAACUAUCUUGUAUUUGCAUCUUGUACUCUU